AUGUUAACGAUCUAUGAAGAGACUUGCUCAUGUGGUGGGUAUUUUUUCGACGAGAAAGAAAAUGUGUGCAAAGAAUGUCCCCCAGGUUAUUUUGGAAGAAAUUGCUUACAUAGGUGUCGGUACCCGGGAUAUGGAAAAUUUUGUCAAAAUGUAUGCUUUUGUAACAAAGAAUAUUGCGAUUAUCGGAGUGGUUGUGUCAACACCAGAGAUUUCAAUCAUAAUUUACAAAAUCAAGAAGUGAUGCUCCAAGAAAAUAAAUCCACUGACUCAAACGAGGAGAACGAAAAUUUGAUUACGGCGUCCCAGUUAACACCAAUUCUCAUCGGUGUCAUACCUUUCUUGGGAUUCGUGAUGUCUGCUUUUGUUGGACGAAUAAUCUGGAAAAAGGUUAAUCCUAAGAUCGUUCAAAGAUCGGAGGAGGCUCAAAUUGAGAGAAAGUUGAAUAGAACCAUAGAAAAUGAAGACACAAAGGAACACUUUUACGAAUCUAUUGAUGGGUGGAAGACAGGUGAAAGUAGGAGAGACAUUUUCCCUUCAGAAAAUAAUUACAUCAACAGGCUCAAUUUCUUUACUAAAGGAAAUAAGCCCGAAAAUCGAGAAUCGAAUCACUUCUACGAUGCUUUGAAAUGA